AACAUUCGGUGCUCCGGUAAGCGCGCGCCUCCCCCUGACUGUAGCUGCCUGUCAUCGCUCGCGCUGUGACAUCACACAGAGGAUUUGCUACAAUGUCAAACACUUACAAGCAGCGCGAGCUCAUGGCUUCCCCGCGCUACGAUGAGAAGCACCGCCGCGUCCUGCUGCUGCUCAUCCUCUGAACACAGAACAACUCCACCGCCGCUCACUUUUUAUGGGUUUUAUUCAUCGUCCUGAACGGGAUGCGUUUGAGCAGGUCUAUGUGAGCGUGUGAGCCAGGUCAGAGGUCAUGCUGCGGAGGGAAUCCGACUCCCACGGCCUGUUUUCCUCCGGAGAGACGUCUGACAAUGACUGUGAGAUGGGGGCGAGCUGCGGAGAGGUAGAUGUAGUGUGUCUGUGCGAGGCCGGUCCCUGUACACUUUAUUCAGAAGCACACACGCCUACGCCGGACACACGGCUGUGUGAACAGUGUGGGAAAAAGCGAGUGAUGAUCACCAGGUACUCUGAAGGAUACGGCACAGAGGAGGAGUGUGUGCUGUCGGACCCUCAGGGGGAGAGCGAUGCGGAUGCUGAUAUAGAAGAUACAGAUUGCAGACUUCAGGAGCCAGGUUCUCUCCAGCGAAUCAGCUCGCGGAGGCGUAAGCGCCCACGGGUAGCGCGGCAAGACACCACUGAGAGCGAAGACGACGGUGGGCGGAGCCACAGGUCACAUCGCUGGAACCUCAGGCUCAGUCCUGACAGAGCACACAGCAGGACCAUACUGGAGGAGAGCAUAUCCCAGGUCCGGCCGCUGGUCAUCUGCCGCCCGAGUGGCGAGCGGCAAAAGAGCCCGAUCGAUCUGCCCCGAGACUCCAGACGCCUGAUGUCUCUGUGGCCCCCGUCCCUCUCUCUUCCUCUCAUCCUCCUCCUCUCGCUGCCUCUCUCUCUCUCCCUCGUCAUCGUCAUCGUGUCUUUCUUUCUACCGUGGGCUACAAGCGCUUGACCGAAGAAAAAGCCGAAAAAAACGAUUUGUACGAGUUAGUGAAUAGCACAAGAGGGGAAUAAAAUAGGUGCUUUUACAGGUUUGCCGACUAAUUUCAGAUGUUUUAAUGAACCCCUCCCCCCGCUUGAUUUUCUUUCACAUUCCCAUGUUCUGAAUGAAUCUUAAACAAAUAUUUGAGUCUUUCAUUCUGGACCUGUUGCAGUAGAAUCCCUCUCCGUAUUUUACAUCCAGACUCUGUUCGCUCAGCGCUCGCUUUCGCCUCAUCACAUCUUGCCUUCCGUCUCACUUUCUCACCCCCUCGUUGGUAAAAAUAGACCUCUCAUCUCGCUCCUUAUUCUAACGAGCCACAGGAGUGAUACGUGGUGGAAAAGGUUUCAGGGCUGCGCAGGUACUGUACACGGAAACAGGGAAAAAAAAUAACCAAUAAUGACACAGACCAAGCUGCCGAACUAUGCAAAUUCCUCCGUUCCUACACAGCUCCAAAAUGACGGCUGUUUCAGGACAUCUCAUAUUUCAUUGGCACCCAUUCCCCUUUUUCUCUCUCUGAGGCAAAGACUUUCUAAAUGCAGGGACUAAUGAAUCAUGAUCUUAUUUUAAAAAAAGCAAUAGCUGGAGAGGUCUGAUGUGGCUCAGAUUGUGUGUGAUCUACACUUCCUCUGCUGGAUGAGUAUAGGCGAUUCCUUCUUAUUUUCUUUCCCCUUGCUGCACUUGCGUAUUUUUUUUUGUAAAGAAACCGAACCUCAAAAUAAAAAUGAGCUUCAGUCGAAUUUAAUCCUGUUUAAACCCUUCUGAAGAGUCUUACAGUUUUAAGGUUGCUAUCAUGUUUAAUAAUGUUUAUGUUUAUAUUUAUGAAUCUUUAUUGAAGGAGAAACGUGAGCCUGACAAUCAGUCACGCUUUCAGAGUGAAACAAUUGGGGGGAAAAAAAGCCAUUUUCUCACGGCUUUUCUGCACUGUGUAUUUGACCUCCUGUUGUUUUUCUAUGUUUUUAAAGUUGUAUUUCUUUUUUUUUUU